AUGGCCGUGUCUCUAGACCUUAGGUCCGGGAGGACGACCGCUUAUGAGCACAUGUUUCCGCAAAGCUCAGAUGAUCAGGUCGCAGGUUCAGCCCCGGGCAGGUGGCGCGGUACCAGAUCCAGCUGGUUUGCAAACGCGCAGCGAUCACAACGCCAGGAGGCUUUGUCUGCGGCCAACACCCGCCACCUUGUUGAUGAAAGCCAGCUCCAACACUACGAGGCCACUGAAGAUAGCUCCGAGGACAUCUCUUCGGUCCAAUCGCAGUCGCAGUCGCACUCUUCGCUACCGCUCAUUUGGCCAGCGCCACAACCUGUUGUCUCCACGAAGGUCCAUUAUCUUUGGGAUGCUGGUGAGGAUUCUUCGUCUGUGUCGAACUCGGUAGUGUCCGGGAACUCCAGCCGGGUUCCGGCCUUCGAGGCGGCAUUGCCUUCGCGCACUGGGGCAGGCGGUGAGGAUACCACUGCCCAGCCUGCGGACGCAGGUGACUACACCGCGGACGGCCCCCAACCUCAGCUCACCUACAGCGAUUUCUUGAUCGCCAGUCGUCGAGACAAGGAUAUCCGCCACCAGGACAUGGACUAUUGGCUGCCGAGGAUCCCCCUGAACGAGAAAGGCCAUCUCACAUCCGUGGGGUCCAUCGCCCACGUCCUUCCAGAUGCAAAGUGCAAGCCCUGCAUUUUCUUGAGCACGCCAUAUGGCUGCGAGCGUGGACGCGAAUGCCCAUUUUGUCACCUCUCUCACAAGUUUCGCAUGUGUAAGGGCAAGCGAGAUCGAACCAAGAGGUUGCUCGAGAAGCACGAGCAGUACCUGGCCCAGCAGCGGCAAGAUGAGGAUGGAGGCAUGUGA